CUGGGUUUGUGGGCACCGGGAAGGUGAGGCUCUGGGGCUUGCGGGCACCGGGAAGGUGCUGGGGAACAGCAUGGAGGGGAUGGCGUUCCCGGUGUGGGUUCGUUGUCUCUUUACCAGGUCGAAUAUUCCAGACUCGGUAUUUCAGCCACGGCCUGGAGAUCAUGAAAAGUAUGGAGGUAACCCUGAGGAGCCCCACAAAAUCCAUGUUAUCACCAGAAUAAAAAGUGUCAUUGGUCGCCCAUAUUGGGAAAAGAAGAUAAUCCGUGAUCUGGGGCUGGAUAAAGCACAUCAGCCAAGACUGCACAAAAAUAUCCCUUCUGUGAAUUCCAGACUGAAAGUUGUUAAACAUCUGAUAAGGAUUCAGCCACUGAAGCUCCCCCACGGGCUGCCAACAGAAGAGGAAUUGUCCAGCACCUUUCUGACAAGCAGAGGAGAGCUGAUCAUUAAAACGCGCCUGAAACCUGGGGAGCAGAAAAAAAUUAAGGCAUAAGGGGUGCUGGGUGGAUUUAGAUUUUAUAAAAUAAAUAUUUUAAAUCCCCAGUUGAGAGUUUGUGUAUGAAAAGUAAAAAUUCUUACUCUGGUAUGAAUGGCAAAGGUGGUAUUGAUGCUUAAAGAAGGAUUGCAGGUGUACAGAUACAAAAUUCAACGUUGUUAAUAGUUACCUGAAAUAUUAAAUAAUUAUAGGCUCUCUGUCUUUGUGUUUUAA